AUGGCUAAAGAGAAAUCGAGCAGGCUUUCGAGCUACUGGUUCAAGGGACAACUCAAAAUUGAGCGCAACAAGAGCACAUUCUCCCGGAUCAGAAGAGUCGUCCGCGGACGAGGACGAAAUGAGGAGAAGAAGCAAAGAGGGAAGCUACGGUACCUUUCGGCGAUGGCGAUCAGCGGCGGAAACGAAUCAGGGGUUUUGGGAUCUAGCAGUGAAGAUUGGGGAUCAGCGAGGUGGAAUGAAUAG